AUGGCUGACCUCAGUGACGAGGGACUCGCCAAGUUGAAGCCAACCGCAAGGUUGAGCCCCAAGGCCAAGCGAGCCAUCAUAGUCGUGUCAGACAGCUCCACUGCACUCUGCAAGAAGAACAGGCGGGGAGUGUUCGUCAAGGCCGACUUGGAUGCGGAAGUGAACAUCGCAAGCUGGACGCUGGGAUGGGCACAGACUCGCUGCACUAUGUGUUGGGGUAAAACCUUGGCAUGGAUUGUCUGGCAGGUCGAGGAGCAUGUGAAGGAGCUCCGGAGCAACUAUCCGGACCACACCAUCGACGUGAUCUGCUGGUGGUGCGGGAACGAGAUCUCCGGCCAGUGGGGCUGCAUCCCCACGCGGCUAGGACCGGGACUCGCCUACAGAGAUCCCAAUGUCACAACGGAGACCGUCGCACGGAAAGUGAGAAGGGCAGCGGAUGUUUUAGCCGCCCUCGCGGGCGAGCCGGACAUUGGUUUUGUGAAGGUGAUUGGGCAGGUGGAGGCGGACUUGUUCCAACUCCACUCAGCCUACAACGACUUCAAUGCCGCUAUGUUCGAAGAGUUCAGGCAGCGCGGUCUGCAAGUGCAAACCGCGGGCUCCUUGGUCGAAAAGCUGGAAAUGUAUGACAGCUUUCACGCCAGUGAAGACCCUCGCAACCGCGAGUUAUUCCAGACCUACUUGCAUGCGACUUUCAAUGCAAGCAGGAGCGAAUGGCUUGCCCAGAAGAUGGCACCCUGUGUCAGGGCUUUGCUUGUUCGCUAUGAGCACUUUGAGACUGGCUCCGGUGCCAACAAUCCAGUGCUCGAGGAUGUCUUCAAGCAGUGGCGUGCGGAGAAGGACCAGCUUAUGAACCCGAAACAGGCAAAGCCAAUGCCGGUCACCCAGGAGGACAAGAUGUGGGAAGCCCCAGAUGCCGCUGACGCAACCGACGUCACUAAGAUCUCCGAGGGGCCACCCAUGGAUAAAGCCAUCCGCAAGGAUGUGCCAAGGAUCGGUGCAACCACUGAUGUUAGUGCUGUUGCGGAGUGCGUCAAUGACAUUGUCACCCAGGACGCAGAUGGUAAGGUGUCCUACAAUACCCCGGGCACGGUGGAACUGGUGGAUGAGGGCGACCAAGUCGACCCCAUCCCAUCAUCGAUUGGACGUGUUGUUGAGCCAGCGCCUCCGAAGAAGACUAAGAAGUCUGACCGAGACGAGGACGCCAUGCGAAGGCUCAUGUUCAUUGAUGAAAGCGCCCCGCAAGGGGCUGCCACUGUGCCAGAGCUUCCGAAUGAGUACUUCUACAACGGCAAGAAGCACUUGAUGAAGCCCUUCAAUCCGGAGGACAUUGUGGGAGACAGGCACCUGACAUUCAAACACGGAGACCUGAAGUUCCUCACCAAGCUGCUGCGUGGCCAUGAAAUGGACGACUUCCCUGCAUUGAUCUUUGACCGUGGGUGCUGGGCAGACGUUGACACUCUGCUCCAGGUCUUCAACACGGCACGGAACGCACGCUGGGGUGUGAGGCAGCUGCUACGCGCAGCGAAAGCCGAUAAUAAGGGACGGAUCAGACUUUUGGGCAUUGAUGUCCCCAUGAAGGACACCCUGGGUCAGCCGCUAUUCCCUGUCCGGGUGAGGAUGGCCCAAGGGCACAACUCCAAGCUCAUCGGCAAUAACCCGGACGCGGACUUCUUCCUCGCGACCAGGUUCUACAGCGGAUUGUCCGAGUACGAGGCCGACCUGCAGAGCAGCGUCAGGGGGGUCACUGUGCUCUCCCGCGAGGAUACCCCCCCGAAGCUCUUCCACCGCACGAAUGAAAAGGGAAUGAAGGGGAUCCUCCGCGAUGGUAUGAUCGCCGGCUCCGCGAGGUCAGACAGGUCCCACAACUACCUGUCCCCGUACAAGUUGGACGACACCCACUACAAGAGUGGAAUGCGAUCCAACCAGCCGAUCGAGCUGACGAUAGACACGCAGCGAGCAAUCGCCGCUGGAUGCGUUUUCUUCGUCACGGAGACCGACGGCGUCCUCACACGGGACAAUGUGCCUCCCGAUUGCGUGCUGUCCGCCAUCGACACCAGCAACAAGAACCUCCCGCUCUAUGUCGCCGAGCACAAAGAAGCCGCCCGCGAGGGUGAGCCAGAGCGCAUUUUCCGCGCCAAGCGCGACUAUGAGGAGGCCGCAGCAGCAAGCUCAUCAUCGGCACCGCCCCCAAAACAGGCGGCUAUCGCUCCCAAAGCGAUUACUUCAAAGAAGAUGCCGAAGGUGGUUCCCAAGCCCGCCGCAAUCGCCGAAAAAGACGAAAGCAUGGACUUGGAUGAAGCCACCCGCGAGGGUGAGCCUGCUGAUGCUGCUGUUGCAUUCGACCUUGACGAAACCAAGGUUGAGGUUGAGGUUGAAGUCGAUGAAGGCGAUACAACGGAUGCGGGUGAGGAUGAGCCUUACCCACUUGGCUCUCACCCAUGCCGCGAGUGCGCAGCAGUCGUUGCCAAUGGCAUGCUGUUCUGCCUCCGUUGCAAGGCUCCCCAGACGGAUGAUUCUAAGAAGAUCACAAAGCGAGUCUUUGAGAAUUCGAGACUUCGCCAGCGCCUUCUUGCCACCGCAGCGACCGGAGCCCAGAAGCCCAUCGAUGAUCUCCUUGCGAGUGACCUUCGAGGCCUGGGCGAGGGACCAAAGAAACGUGGUCAGAUGAGCGCAGAGGCUGCCGCCAUUCGUGACGCCAAAGACCGAAAGAUCAGGGCCGCCAAGUUGAACUUUGACACCGUGUCCGACCGCUUCGAGAAGGACGCGCAGUUCAACGUGAGGAUGAUGCAAGAGGGCCGCAACUUCGAGGACAUGCAGAAAUUCGAUCACCUGUCGAACGCUGUGCUUCCCGAUCCAGGACGCAGCGAGGAGCAGCGCUACUUGCGUGCCGGCUCCCAUAUGGUGGUGGCAACGAACUUGCGGUUUAUCGAUGAUACCGCGGAUGUCCCCAUCGGCUUGACCUACCUCGGCGCAUUCCUCCCUCCGCGACUUUAUGCUGAGGUGGCAGCAGUGAACGAUGCUGCGAAAAGGAUCCUGACUUUCGACGGCGAGGUCUAUGUGUCGGCUACCACAAUUGAAGGCAUCACAACUGAGAUCGGGCAGAUUCUUACCGAUAGCCUCCGUAGUGCUCAGAACCAGACAGACCAAACGGAACGUUUGGCAGAGCGCAAUCGCCAGGCCGCAGUCCAGAACCGCCCAUCCCAAAAGGGACGUGGUCGCACGACAGCACCUGAGCCAAUGUACAGAGGCUAUACUCAGGCCCAGUGGGACGAGUACUAUCGCCAGCGUCGUGGAGGUUACACUCAGGCCGAGUGGGAUGCAUGGAACCGCACCCAUAGGCGCUGA